AUGAUUCAACCAGGAGGAACGCUAUAUUCGUUCAAGCCGAAUGCUGGAACACAACUUUGUAUAACAAAUGCAACUCUGGACAGCAGCACGCUCCGAGCGAAAAAUUCAGAAGUUCAACUUUGGCUGCAACACUUAACAUAUGACCACCUGCUUGCAUGUGUGAGCAAACAAAUGCCGUAUAUUAAAUUGAAUCUACAAUUUAAUAGUGACGAUGAAUUGAAGUGCUUCUCAAAAGGCACUGGAACAGUGUACCUCAGUGGAUACAUCAGCACACCAGCAUCCUCGGCCUAUGCGAUUUUACCUGAGGAUCAUGCCGUGGCGGAAACAGAAGAAGUUGAGACCACCGAUAAUUCGAAGAAGGGUGAUAAGAUCGAUGACGAUGAUGAAAAGGCAACUGGAAUUAUCGUUGAGGACCUAUUUACACCGGACAACGAUGAUGACACGAUAGCCGAACUUGGCGACACAAUUUCGAUUCGCUAUGAAUGUUUCCUGACAAAUGGUGACAAACCAAUUUUCUCAAACUUGUCGGUGGACCCAUUCAAGUUCGUGCUUGGCCAAAAUGUCGUAUGUAAUGGUUUGAACGAUGGCAUUGUAUCGAUGUCAGUCGGGUCCAAGCGAAAAAUUCAAUGUCCACCACACUUGGGCUAUGGCGAAAAAGGCAUUCAGGCAUUAAUUCCACCAAAUGCAUCGUUGAUUUUCGUUGUUGAACUAUGUGGAAUCGAAGCUAAAAGUUUGAAUCAGGAUUCAUAA